AGUCUGACAUCCCUUUUUUUAAUCAGAUAAUACACCUCUUCUUCCCUCACCUUCCUCCUUCUCCCAGCUGCGGCGCCACCCUCGGGCCGUCCGCCGUCGGCGGCCACGACCCUGGUGUAAUCUGCUCCAUACGUGGCGGCGCCUGCAAAAGCCACGCUGCUGCCAGUGCCAGCCAUGGAUGCAGUGGCGACCAGCGACGCCGUACUCCUCCUUGCCGCCGUAGCUAUCUCCCUGCUCAUCACUGCCACUUUCUGGAGCAGGCAUCGUCGUCAGGGCGAAGCGCCGAGCCCGCCGUCGCUACCGCUGCUGGGCCACCUCCACCUGCUCGGCAACGGCAAGCCGCUGCACCACUCGCUGGCGGCGCUGGCCAUCGCGCGCGGCACCGGGGGCGCCCCGGCGCCGCUCCUGUCGCUGCGCCUGGGCGCGCGGCGCGCGCUGCUGGUGUCGGAGCACGCCGCGGCCGAGGAGUGCUUCACGGCGCACGACGCCGCGCUGGGCGGCCGGCCGCGGCUGCUGGUCGGGGACAGGCUCAACUACGGGUACACCACGGUGGGCUGGUCCUCGCACGGCGACCACUGGCGCGCCCUCCGCCGGUUCAUGGCCGUCGAGCUGUUCGCCGCGUCCCGCCUCGCCGCGCGCGCCGCCGACCGGCGCGCCGAGGUCGCCGCGCUCGUCGGCGCCCUGGUCCGCGACGCCCCCCGCGCCGGCGCCGCGGUGGCGCUCCGGCCCAGGCUCUUCGAGCUGGUGCUGAACGUGAUGCUGCGCGCGCUCACCGGCGCGCCCGGCCACGGCGGCGGCGACGUGCGCGGCCUCCAGGAGAUCAUCGAGGAGACCUUCGCGGUGACCGGCGUCAUGAGCGUCGGGGACUUCUACCCGGCGCUGCGGUGGGUGGACCGUCUGCGCGGGGUCGACGCGGCCCUGCUCCGUCUCCAGGCGAGACGCGACGCGUUCGUCGCCGGCCUCGUUCACGACGGACGCCGAAGCCACAAUCGCAAAGCUGGCGGUGGCGGUGGCCCAACAGACACGGAGAAGAGGAGCACCAUUGACGAGCUCCUGUCGCUGCAGGAAACUGAUCCUGGCUACUACACCGACACUGUCAUCAAAGGCAUUGUCUCGAUACUGCUCAGUGCGGGCACAGACACGACGGCGCUGACAAUGGAGUGGGCAAUGGCGCAGCUGCUGAUGCACCGGGACGCAAUGCAGAAGGCGAGAGCCGAGAUAGACGCCAACGUCGGCACAUCCCGGCUGGUAGACGAGUCGGACACGACUCACCUCCCGUACCUGCAAUGCGUGGUGAAAGAGACCCUGCGGCUCUGCCCCGUCGGCCCAGUCAUCCCGGCGCACGAGGCCAUGGAGGACUGCGCCGUGGGCGGGUUCCGCGUCCGGCGCGGCACCAUGGUCCUGGUGAACGCCUGGCUCAUCCACCGGGACCCCAGGCUGUGGGAGGCCCCCGAGGAGUUCAGGCCGGAGCGGUUCCUGGACGCCACUGCCACGGUCGCCGCCCCCUUGCUGCCGUUCGGGCUUGGACGGAGGCGCUGCCCUGGGGAAGGGAUGGCCUUGCGUCUCCUCAGCUUGACUCUGGCGGCUCUCCUGCAGUGCUUCGACUGGGAGGUCGGUGGGUGUGUUGACAUGGCCGAAGGCGUUGGGCUGUCCAUGCCCAUGGCCAAGCCGUUGGCGGCAGUCUGUCGGCCCCGGGAGUUCGUCCAGACCGUGUUGUCUGCUUCAACAUGAGUAGCCGGAUGCGGUUCUUUUCCCUGAUACAUGAAUCCAGAAGGGGAUUGAAGAGGUUUAAAUCCCCUUCUAGUUAUUUUUGACUAGGAGGAGGUUUAAAUCCCCUUCUAAUUAUUUUUGACUAGGAGGAGAUUUAAUCCCCUCUAUCUCUUUCUGGAUUGUUGUAACCAAACAUGCCCCCGAAGAAUAAAUAAGGAUUGGGUGAA